UUAAUUCGCUCUUGUUUAGUUCUCAAUGGAUGCCAACAUCUUUGUGUCCUCGGAGCCACGACACAUAAACAAAUGUAAAACGAAGGACGUUUUUUCUGCAUUGGACAUAAACGGAAGCGGAUGGCUCUGAUGUUUUGAAUGUGUCAACCGCGUGACCUUUGAAACGAGCACAACUUAACAUCUCUGUAAAGACGUGUGAGAAGGAUUGUUUUUAGUCAAUUGAAUCCAGAUGUGGUGAAUGAGAGACCGAGAGCAUCAUUUCUCUGUUUAUAAACACACAACCGUUCAUUUAAAGGAAACUAACGGGUGGAUUGAUGCACCCAUUCCAGUGGUGCAACGGGUGCUUCUGCGGUUUGGGACUUAUCUACUCCAAUAAGACCUGCACUAUGCCAUCAGUUACCUUCCAGGAUCUGCCUCUCAAUAUCUAUAUGGUUAUCUUCGGCACGGGCAUCUUUGUCUUCGUACUCAGCCUCAUAUUCUGCUGCUAUUUCAUAAGUAAAUUGAGACAACAAGCCCAAAGUGAACGCUUUGGAUACAGAGAGGUAAUCUUAAAAGGAGACCCUAAGAAGCUAAAUCUUCAUGGGCAAACAUGUGCUGUGUGCUUGGAGGACUUUAAGGUGAAAGAUGAGCUGGGGGUGUUGCCAUGCCAACAUGCUUUUCACAGGAGGUGUGUGGUGAAGUGGCUGGAGGUGCGCUGUGUCUGUCCCAUGUGUAAUAAACCCCUCUCUGGUUCCUCCGAGCAGCACCAGAGCAUAGGCACAUUACUGGAUGAGCUGGUGUAGCAAUGGAUGCUUCUGGAAAAGGGAUGAGACUGGCAUCAGAUGUUGUGUGUGCUUCACCUCUCUGGGGAUUUUUACAGACAUGCACAGCCUGACUGUACUUCUCUGCAAUUCUAUGAUCGGAUUGUGACUCUAACCUUAUUUAAAGUCGGGUUAAACCUUUAGCUUGAAGAUGAAUUUAAGGGGCACGUUUUCUCAAUCCAAGAGUAAGAGUUCUAAAACAUACUGUCAUUGAAGAUUCUUAAAUGAAGUCACUUUGAGACACUUUAGAAAACAAGCCUAUCAUCUCCCAAGUUAAUUUAUCAUUGAAUGCCAAUAGUAAAACUGACUGGCACUAAACAGCAUUCCAGCACCUGAACAUCUGACCGCUGCAAUGGAGAUAGACAGCAGCAAAGUGCACUGGGCCCAAAUAACUUUUUCACAGUGGUGUGUGUAUGUCAGAGAGAGUGUGUGUGUUCUGUACAGUAACCAUUUGUAGUGAUAGAUGUCUAGUCCAUUAUGGAAUUUAUUUGAACAACUCAUUGACGGUCCUACAAGAUUUUGAGCAAACUCCCACCGUUUCUGGACACUGAAAAAAUGGACUGCCGGUGAAAACACACGUGGCUUUCUUUUUGCGUUAUAAGUUUUUUUGUGUUUUUUUUCCCCACUGUAACCUGGUUGUUAUUGUUACUGAAGUGUUUUAAUCAAUGUUUUCACACAGAAAAAAGCAAUUUGAUGGAUUUUGUCUUUGCAGUAGAUUUCUUUGCUUGUUUAUGCCCAGUCAGUGACUUUCAAUGCCUUCACGUGCGAUCGGAAUUAUCCUACUUCCCACUUCUGAAGUUGUAAUUACGAGCAUGUUACUUUUCAAGUGCUUUGUUGCUGGAAACAUGGAGGAUGCCUGGUUCAUUCAUGUAAAUUUCAUUGGGAACUCUUAUUUUGAGACCGCAAUACAUGCUAGCCAGCUGGCUGACGAGAAUGUAAUUUUGGUCAAAUACAUGUUAUUUCUCUGCGUAAAAAUGAACAAUAAGCAUAAAAUAGGACAAGUUCCUGAUGUAUGUAAACAUAUAUGACUUAAAAUGCAAGCAAUUGUAUGGAAGCUGCAUUUAGAAAAAUGAAUAAAACCAUCAUAAUUGUACUCUCGUCCGCCAUGUUGAAUAUUUAUGUCUUCUCCUAGCUCGGAAAACACAGGCAUCCAAAUUAUCUCUGCGUUUCCCAGUUGUAAUUACAACCUGAGGGGGCGUUCAAGUGCAACUUCAGAGUAGGAAACUCGUAUUUAUGAUAAUUCCAAUUAAAUGUGGAGACAGAAUUA